AUGAUAGGCAGCUGCGUAUGCUCCACGCAGAGUCUCACUACCAGAGCCCCUGGCAAUGUCAACCUGUACAAUUUGCAGAACCUGGGCUCUGUUUCUCUCAACGACUUGGAUUCUCAUGUCGGUUUCUUCUGCAACGCCUUCGGACAGGCCACUGACAAACGCGAAUCCGCCUUGAAGGCAAUGGCCGGCAAAUCUCUCAUCAAGAGCUUUUAUAGGCAAGAGCCGACGUAUUCCUACCGGAUCGGCUGCUCUGAAGACGGGCACCAGGGCCUCAUGCUAGCCCAGCGAUACCCGGACGUCUACGACGGCAUUGCCGAUGAUACCAUUACGCCCACGGCAACCGAUAAUUAUUACAAGGCCGUGCCAGACAUUAGCCCCGACGAGGGCGCAGUGGGCGCGGCGGUCGGGCUCCUUGAGCAGCUACGCCUCUGGGAGUACAAGCUGGUCAGCGUGGCCGUCGGCAACGCAACGCAUGACUGUAUCCUGUGCCCGUACCCGCAGACAGCAACCUACAGCAGCGACUACGAGUACUCCUCAAAGGCCUACUACUGGUCUUGUUCCGGCCGUCCAGCCGUCUUCCGCAGGGACUAG